AUGGAGGGUGGAGCGAAGCCGAUGACGUCGUUGAUCGACGACCGUGAGAACGAGAAGUUAGUGUAUUCGGGAUUGGGGUUACGGCCGGCGUCGCUAGAUAUAAGUUGUGGUGAUUUGUCUAAGUUCUACUGCAGUGAAGAGUCGCAUCUGAAUAAGAUUUGGGGUGGAGGGGAGUUGAAGAGGUUGACGGCAACGAAGAACGAGGAUGGGUCCAUGAGUGUGGUGAUCGUAACGAAUCCGUUAUUGAUAGUGACGACGUACAGUGGGGUGCAAGGCUGGCAGAACAGUUGUGUGUGUAAAAAUCUAUGCAGCGAGAAGGAGCACUGCAAACGAAUUUGUUUCUACUCGGGUGUGGACGAGGAAACAAAUGAGAUGGCGGACAUUUGGGUGGUUAGCUACGCCUCAUUAAAUGCGCAGGGAGACAAGCUAUGUGAGCGUAAAUGGCGCGCCGUGAUUUUGGAAAAUUCGAGUACAAUUCCACUGCCGCACUCUUGCACAAUCAAGAACCUUCUUCGACUCAAAUGCGCGGACUGGGUCACAGUGAAUUACGUCAACCACAAGUCUGAGUUCUCCACCUCCUGGAUGGACAUCCAUCGACAAGCGCAGUUGUUCCAAAGACACACUCAAAAUUGGAUACAAACACCUAUAUUCUGGAAGUACGUUGAGUCGGGCUAUAAGGGCGAUAUCGGACCUGAGCGACACCCUGCGACCUACGCGUUGCUCCACUACCUCCAUGACUGGAUCGAACGAGACAGCAUAAAGGUAUCCAGACCCGCUAAAAUCCAACUAGAAGACGUCCUACAAGAUUCUAAGGAGAACCAAGUCUCGCUCAAAGGCACGCCAAAGGGGACUGUAACGCCCCGAACUAAUCGAAACCGACAGGCUGCUGUGUGGGUGGUCACUGUCACUCCGGAUACUAAUGACCUGAGGAGACUCGAGGCUCUUAAGACGAUACACGCCGGGGGCGACUGGGAACAGACUAUUUGCGACUACUUCAAGCAGCCUCAGCGUCUGCCGGACGUGACGCAGAGCUCUUGCUUCAUGUGUGGCUGUCCACAAGGAGAGGUCUACAUGGUGUGCUGCCGGACUUGGCUGCACAAGGGCUGUCUUAGCACCGAACUACAGGUGCAGGAAAGGUGCCCCAAAUGCCGAGUGGCCUUCAGAGCCAACGAGCACUCAAUCUCGAGGCGAUUACUCGAAUCCGAUUCGCAAAAGCCGGUACUCCUAGACCCCUCGCGACAGAGUGCCGAGGUACAUGACUGGAGUCUAGCCGGCACGCUGUCGACUAUGGCAAGAAGCAUUGCGGAACAUUGCGGAACGAGGCACCGGUAUGAAUUUUUAUGCCCCACUCAGUUCACCAAGACGAUCGACUUGAUGGACCCAGAGUCAGUCCAUUCCGUCCAACUUUACGCAACUCCCGUUCCGAGUUCUUCAACUCAGAACUCACCUCUCCAGGAACGUAACUCCGGCCUUCAAGAGACCAAUGAGUACGAUGGACACAUCUGGUUCCUGACGCCGGACAUGAAGGUCAGUACAACCGACGUUAAAGGGCAUCACGUCCUCGUCUACAUAUACGGCGAAGUGCCCACGAACCGGGCCAACUGGAAGCCUUUACACGCCGUCCCCAAGAGACAACGCAUCAAGAUCUUGUACUAA